AUGACAAACUUCAUUUUGUUCGGAGACCACUCUUCCGGUGAAGGUAUUCGAGGUGAUUUUGUAAGCUAUGAGCCGAGCUACGAGUUCAAAAAGUUUUGUUGUCAAAUAUUUUCUGCUGGCUCGUUUUCUAGUUCAGAAAUUAUUUUGGCAUUGUUGUAUAUUGCGAAAUUGAAGAUGAAACGUCUUGAAGAUAAAAUUGAUCAUGGCACAGAACACCAAGUCUUUAUUUGUGCCCUCAUGUUAGCCAAUAAAUUUUUAAAUGAUAUUAGCUAUGGCAAUAAAGCUUGGUCAGAUACUUUAAAUAUCUCUGUUUCCCAACUAAAUAUAAUGGAAAAAGAAUUUUUAAUCAAUUUGGAUUUUCGAUUAAAUGUCUCGGAACCGGAAUAUCACGAAUGGGUACACAAUUUAACCAAAUAUAUUAUAGGCAAUAACAAUAUUUCAGCUUGUUCAUACGUUGUUCCGCCACCACCAUCUUUAUAUACAGAAGAAGAUCAUCAAAAAGUGAUGGUUGCUUUUAAUUCCUUGUUACGACGAGAAAAACUUAAGCGACCAGCAGAAAAGGCAAGAAUGGGAUUUUUGUGA